AUGCCAAGUAAAAAAUCCCAAAUCAUUUCAUUGGCUAUUUCAGCAAAGGCUCAGAAGUUGAAAGUUGUUUGUUAUUAUGCUAACUGGUCUCAAUAUCGAGCUGGUAGUGGUAAAUUCCUUCCCGAAGAUAUCAACCCAAAACUCUGCACCCACAUCAUCUUUGCUUUUGCUAAAUUGUCUGGCAACCUAUUAGAAACUACAGAAUGGAACGACAACAGUUGGAAUUAUCCUCGCGGUUUAUAUCAACGAACCCUCGACUUAAAAAAGUUGAAUCCCUCCCUGAAGGUAAUGUUGGCUGUCGGAGGUUGGAAUGAAGGUGUGGACGCUUUUUCGGCCAUGGUGUCAACUUGGGGUAAUCGACAGGAAUUCAUUAGAACCAGUAUUCAAUAUUUGAGAGAUAUUGGUUUUGAUGGAUUAGAUUUGGAUUGGGAGUUUCCGGCUUACAGAGGCAGCCCAGCUAUAGAUAAACAAAGGUUUCAAUUUCUAGUAGAUGAAUUGAGGAUGGAAUUUGAAAAAGAUGCUACUAAAACAGGAUAUGACAGACUGAUAUUAUCUGCUGCCGUAUCAGCAACACCUAGUGUUAUUGAUGGUGGUUAUGAAGUACCUACUAUAGGAAAGAGUUUGGAUAUGAUCAAUUUGAUGGCAUAUGAUAUGCACGGAUCCUGGGAUACACAGACUGCACAUAAUGCUCCCCUUUAUCCAUGGAAAGGAGAUCCAACUCCAGCAUUUACAGUGGAUUAUGCUGCUAGAUAUUGGGUUGAAAAGGGUAUGCCGAGAGAAAAAAUCGUUGUUGGUAUGCCGAUGUAUGGAAAUACUUAUACCCUGGCUAGUCGGUAUAAUUCGGGUUUAGGAGCACCAGUUACAGGAGGUGGGACGAAAAGAGCAUACUCAGGUGUAUCUGGAACCAUUUUAUACUAUGAGAUAUGUGAAAGUAUAUAUGGUAGUUAUAGAACUGUACGAAAUUAUGAUAUGCAGACACCAUAUGCUACAGCUGGUGAUCAAUGGGUUGGCUUUGAUGAUGAAAAAAGUUUGGCUACUAAGAUGGAUUGGGUGAUAUCAGAAGGAUAUGGUGGAGCUAUGAUCUGGGCUAUAGACUUGGAUGAUUUUAGUGGUGGUUUUUGUGGAAAAGUAUAUCCUCUAUUAUCUGUUAUCAGUAAUUGUUUAAUCUAUGGAAAAGGUUCAAAUACAUGUCGAAGAAAAGAUUCGCCAGCAACUCAAAAACCUUGGAAUCUCCUAACCACGAAAAAGCCAUGGGUUGCACCAACCACAAAAAAGCCAUGGGUUGCACCAACCACAAAAAAGCCAUGGGUUGCACCAACUACCACACCUAAGCCUUAUGAACCAUCAACAGCUAAACCAUCUUGGGAUUUUUGGUGCCCCUGGACUCCUGGUUUGUAUGCUGAUCCCCGAAACUGUAAGAAAUUCCAUGUUUGUUUUAAUGGCAAAGAUUACGUGUUUACAUGUCCGGCAGGGAACGGAUUCAACUCCCAAACUAAAUCCUGCAGUCGUAUGCAAUGUUAAUAAAUUCAUGUUUAAUUAACUAGAAGAAAAGAUAGAUUUUAAAGAAUUUUUACUUUAAGAAUCUUUAUUAUGUGAUGUGUAAAUAUGAAAGACGAGGCAAUUGUUUUAAAUAUAUUUAAUAUA